UGACCGCCAAUCAUCAAACACACACACUUACUAAAUGACAGACAAACUUGAAUUUGACUACAGAGCUGUUUUAGUUCAGAUUGCUCGCGAUUUGGACGAAAAACAGCAGAAACAACUCUUCUUCCUCUGCAAAGUUCCAAGACGAGUUCUAGACGUUUGGGCACUUCUUACUUCACUGGAAGACUCGGCGAAGAUAUCGUGGAUCAAUGUUUCCUUCCUGAAGAAAUGUUUACACACCAUUGGAAGGGAAGAUCUGGUUGUCGCCCUGGCCGAGUUUGAAAUGAAGCGAGAGCUGUCCAUUCUUCUGAAUUUCUACGUAAAGGAGAAGAAUGGCUUGCACCCCUUCUACCCCUCGUCUGCGACUGUAGCGGCUUUUCACCUUGUGCGGCUGAUGGAAAGGUUUCCGGGCAGAGAAGAUCUGACAGGAAUGAUGAGAAGCUCAGACAAGAAAGCGGAAGAUCUUUGGCUGCAGUUCUUGUCUGCAACUCCUCGGACCUCGAGAAUGACGUGGGGCAAAUUUUCCAUGCUGGUGGCGAUUGCCGGAGAAAUAAUUGCCAAGACAUCUUUGGAUCAUUAUGCAAGAAGUUCAGACGAAGCCAUAAUGGAAAUGUGUAUCACGUUGGCAGAUAAGCUCUCUACCAUAUUGGUUGAGCUUGGAUGUUGGCCGGCAUAUUCAUCUUCCUCGGGAUAAGACCUUUUAAGCAAAAACUGAUAUUUUACAUGUCUACUUUAAUAUCACUCAUGAAUCAAGACUUGAGGCUAUUGUAUAGAAUUGAACUUGUUGAGAUUUCUCAACAUCUGACUGGAAAGCAAUUCAUAAGGCUCUUAAAGUUUUGCAAAGAUUACAUUCCGGAGAGUGAUUCGAGUGGCUUCUCCAUACCAGAUGAAAUUUUUGGGUGCUUGGAGGAAAAGGGAGUUAUUUCGUACGAGAAAGUCAGCUUUCUGACGAAAUUCGCCAACGCGAUAGGAAGGAGAGAUCUCGGCGCCAAACUUACCAGAUUUGAAAUAACAAGAGAGCUGAUGAUCUACGCUUUGAACAGGCAAGGGUUAGAAGCUACUAUGAUUUCGUCGACCACAAGUCUGGGUCAUCAUUUAGCCAAAAUGAUGGAUGUGGUUCAAGAUGGAGUUGAUGCUCCAAUCCAAGGAUUGUUCAGGUUCCUCUUUAUGCCUGGACGAAAUGUUUCCGACGUUCUGGACGUAAUCAUCGGUGAAGUACUACCUGGCUCAGAUACAUCCAAAAGCUGGAACAACCUGGCCUUGCGCUUCGUCACUGCGGCGGAAAUUGUCUGGCUGGUCAUCAGAGAGAACCAAGAGAAAGAAAAUGGUAUAAAGAAUGCCUUACAGGUCGCCAAAAAGCUGGCCAGUCAUCUAUGGUCUAAGAUGGACAAAUUUGAGAUCUGGGUUCGCUGAGUCGAGAACCGUUUGAACAUACAACAAACAAGGAAGUGAUGUCUCAAUUUUGGACACCAACUUCCAACUAACAGACAUGUGGUUACUUCUCGAGAACCAGUUGGCAAACUUAUUGCAACAAAAGUUGCAAUACAAUCGUACCAUACAAUCGUAGCUCAUGCUACACUCUAAAAUGCUUGACUGUAUUCAAUGCUUUGAAUAAAGCACAAACUGAUAUAUAUAUCUCAGGAUUUGUUCCUGAGGAAGAUGAAUAUGGCGGCUCAUUUGUGUUACAAUACCGGCUCAUGUUACCGCAUUUGAGCACAAGGUAAGUCUUAUAUACAUGCAAUAAACUGGUGCUGGUUUCCAUGCUCAAUACCAAUCAGACAAAAAAGACCAAAAUGACCUAAAAGACCAAUAGGGAAAGACCCAAAAAUGAUAAAAAAAGAAGUUAUGUGGACAUUUUUAGCAGUAGAUAUAAAUUAGGCUUUAGAAUUUCGCAGAUCAAGCAUAGAUGCUUAACUCUCAAAUGAUAUAUAGUUAUAGUCUAGUGGGAGUGUAGACUCAAUGCUUUUAUAGGUCUUUAAACAAUUAGUGGUAGAACCUUGUUAAGAGAAUUUUUAUAGCUUUUUCGAAGAAGCUAAUGCGUUCUCUUUUUUUAAGUCCCAUGUAGAAUAAACUUAUGUUUGAAGCUUUUGUCUCGUAGAUAACUUCAAAGGUAAUCAGGUAUUUUUUGUGUGUGGUGUUUUGGCAUUCGGUAAAUACAGUUGAAUUUUCUUCGAUACUCUCUGUCGCGAUGAUAGUUUGGUAAAAGUUGUUCCAUCCGACUAAAAUACCUACAAAUAAAAGGUUAUAAACCGACAAAAAAUUUUUUUGCGAUCACCUCAAAUCAUCAUGUCACAUUUUGCCGGCCCGCUUUAGACGUCUCAGGGACACUUGUAGGAACAUAAGGAAUUAUAGGACUGGAGUAGAUUCUGUAAUUCGAAGCAGUAUUUCUGAAUUGGGCAUUCCGCGUAGUUCAGGAUGGAGUAAUGUCGUCCAUAAUUUCCUGAUCCUCCAAACCUGUUCGUUGAAGGCAAAGGUUGAUCCUGGUGAUCUCAUAUGCAAUGUCUACAGUGGCGCUGAGUUGAUUGAUUUUAUUAUUGUCUCGAGGUAAGGUCCUGGGCUUAUUAUCACUCUCAUGAUUAUCAUGUUAUCAUCAUUACCACAUCCGGCGGACGACACCUUUAGGCCCAGUUAUCUUUUAAGCUGCGAAAACAGGUUUCUUAGGGUACCUUACACAAUGCAUCUAGCGGUUAAAUAUCACAGCACCGAAGGAUUCAGCGCUCGAAGGAGAGUAUUUUUUGUACAAUGUACACUGACGUGUCCACAACGAAAAUUUUGUCAUCAUCAUCAUCAUCAUCAAUAUUACUAUCAUUAUCAUUGUUAUUAUUUGGUGUUAUGUUUUGUAUAUUGUUAUGUUUUGUUUCCUGAGAAAUUUUUCGCAUAGAUUUUCGUUUGAAGUUUCUACCGUGGUCACAUAAGCCGUUGACGGAGAAACUGGAAUUUACUACUUUCGUCUCUGUGGCCCUUGGGGCGUUCCACAUUACACUUGCUGCCACUGAUGUCUUAGUAUCAGACCAUUUCCAGAGGAGCCCAUCCAUUGUGCUUUGGUUCUGCAGUAUUUGCUCAAUUUAAGCAAAUCGGUUUCUGCAUCAGUCACUCUUUCCAUGCAUUCAAGUGGCUGCAUGAUCUAGCAGGCGUCGGUUCUCCAGCAAGCCACCCCAUAUGGUAGCCGUCAAAGAAAACUGGGUCUGGUUUUGCGUCCUCGCCCUUCAAGCACUGAAAGGAACCGCUCAAGGCAGAGUAUCUCAAAACUUUAAUGGAAAGAACUGAUAUCGACGAUUUCGCAUUAUUGUCUAAUCUAGAAUUGUUUCAUUGAGGCAUUACAGCUUUCUUAGAUUUUCGCAGUUGUUCCCUGCUCGAGUAGAAUAAGAAAGUUUUAACUAUCGGUUCAUUAUCAUUUUCAUCGAAAAGGGUAAUUAUCAGUUAAGGUGGGCGCAUUCAGUAGAAAUUGCAAUUUUGAGAUUCAGUAUUGUACUGCGGCAAUGCCAAAAUCAUGAAGGAAUUCUUCAUUGCUUUCUUAAGAUCAGCUAGUAUGCCUUUAGACCAAGUUCUGCCUCUGAAAUACUUUGUUUUAGUAAAUAAGCUUCGGUUAAUGCUCUUGCAAGGAUUACACUUUUAUAUACUGGCAUUAAUUUA